UCAAAUCUAAAAACUCAAAAGAAGUCACCAUUCAUUCAUUUACCGUUCAGCCGUCCACUCUCUUCUUCUUCUUCAAUUUUUUUUCUCUCUUUUUCUCUAGGGUAUACAGAAAUGGGGAUCGCAACGGAGAAUCAACCACAGCAACAACACAAGAAUUUUCAACUUCUGCAGGCGUCACCAGAGGCAUCAUCAGAGGCAGAUAAAAAGAGGUGGAUGCUUAAUGAUUUUGACAUUGGGAAGCCUCUUGGAAGAGGAAAAUUUGGUCAUGUAUAUCUAGCUAGGGAAAAAAGGAGCAAUCACAUUGUCGCAUUAAAAGUGCUGUUCAAGAGCCAGCUAAAACAGUCCCAGGUUGAACAUCAGCUUCGUCGUGAAGUUGAGAUACAAAGCCACCUUCGUCAUCCAAAUAUUUUGAGGCUUUAUGGUUACUUUUACGACCAGAAACGUGUGUAUUUGAUCCUGGAAUAUGCUGCCAAGGGUGAACUCUACAAGGAGCUGCAGAAAUGCAAAUAUUUUAGUGAACGGCGUGCUGCAACUUAUGUUGCAUCGUUAGCCCGAGCCCUAAUAUACUGUCAUGGGAAGCACGUAAUACACAGAGAUAUCAAGCCGGAGAAUCUUUUGGUUGGUGCACAGGGUGAACUCAAAAUUGCAGACUUUGGGUGGUCAGUGCACACCUUUAAUCGGAGGCGGACUAUGUGUGGCACUCUAGACUAUUUGCCACCAGAGAUGGUGGAAAGUGUGGAGCAUGACGCAAGUGUGGAUAUUUGGAGUCUGGGUAUCCUCUGCUUUGAGUUUCUGUAUGGGAUGCCUCCAUUUGAAGCAAAGGAACACUCAGACACAUAUAGAAGGAUUGUGCAAGUGGAUCUCAAAUUUCCAGCCAAACCGAUUGUCUCAUCAGCUGCCAAGGACCUCAUUAGUCAGAUGCUUGUAAAGGAUUCUUCUCAGCGUCUGCCCCUGAAAAAGGUCCUGGAGCAUCCUUGGAUUGUGCAGAAUGCAGAUCCUUCAGGUGUUUACAAGGGCUGAUGAAGACAUCACCAAUGACUCUCACAAUCUUUGUGGCGGACUUAAUUGUUUUUGUUUUUCACUGAAGAAGCCUUUGCUCAGCGUUAAUCCUAAAUCUAUGUGAUCUUAAAACUGUGACGUAAAAUAACCACACCCACCAUGUAAAACUGUGAUCCCUUGCAUUGCCUGAAAAUGUUUACAAAAUAUGUAGUCAUUUUUUGCUCUUUUCUCAAUGUUGUAUGUAAUCGUAAUCUCUUUGGGAUCUUGUCCUGCACUCUGAUCUUGCUUGUGGCUAGACAACAUUCUCUUGACUCCCGUUUGAACUCUAACCUACUCCUAUUAACUGAA